CGAUUGAAGAGGGAAUGGGUCGAGGGGGGAGAGGAAGGAGGAAUACGGAAAUCAGCGUGCGCGCGCGCUCGCCUCAAUCUUCCUCUUUACCCUCUUCUUUCGUUUCACUCACACACACACACACAAGCACCGCAUCAAAAGCCGCGCGCACACACCAACCCUUACGCUUGUGUAUUCGAGCAGAAGUGCGCUCAGGAGUGUUUAAUAGCUCACUCGAGGCUGUGUUAGUGCGGAUAGAGGUAUAGAGAGAUAAAUCGGACCCGUGCGUGUGUAUGGAAAAGUGUGGAUUUUUUCCUCCCUGGCUGCGCCUGCUGCUGUUUUUCGCUGCCAAGCCGAUAGGUAACACACAUUCUACUGUAACACCCCAUCUCGCUCGCUCGCUCGCUCGCACACUGAGUUAAAGCGGUUGCUUUUGUGGACCGGAGAGAAGAGUAAGAAAAAUAUUUCAGAACGCCACACACACACGGUGAUGCUCCCGAUCAAUUUUUCCCAUCUUCUGGGGUCGUUUGCUUUCUUUUUGGGUGUUUUUUUCCUUCUUUCUCUUUUUCACCCCCCCCGGUUGGGGGCUACAACACAGAUCCGGGAUUUUGGGUCCCGCGCCGGCUACCCUCUCUCGUUUGGUUGCUUUUUUUCUUUCCUUACGCUGUUCUUCGCUUUACGCUCUCUAUACAAGCGCGUUUAUAUUGCUAAUACAUAUAGCGAGACUGUGUGUGUGUGCAGAGUGCAAUAUAUAGCCGUAUAUAAACGUUUUAUUUCCCUCCAACACCACUGUGUGUGUGUGUGUAUUGUGUAUCUUCCCGCAUCUUUGAUUUUGUUUCUUCUUCUUUUGCUGUUGUCGCGUGCUCGUUUGACGUGUAUAUCGGCUGUACCGUUCAUAUUUUUUUUGUCCUGCUUUUUGCUGCCUUUUCGUUUGAUACAAGGUGUACGCGGGGCUACGUUUCACUGUAUCUGUGUGUGUGUGUGUAUGCGUGAUUGAGUUUUUGAGAUUAAUCGUCGCUGUGUAGCCCCAACGAUGUAAUGAAGAAAAAUGUCCCUUUUGGAAGUGGUGUUGGCAACGAAAUGUGUAGCUGAAAGCGCAUUUCGAGCGAUUUCUAUGUGUGUGUGUUGGUGAUUAAGGGCUGGAUGAAUAUAAAAAAAAUCCUCUGUUAUACACACACACCGGUUAGUGCUGUACUCGCGGUUUGAUGAACAAUAAAAAGCGCAUGAUUGGUGUAGGUGGAGGAGAGCGAAUGUCGUCGUCGUCGUCGUCGUCGUCGUCGUGAUGCAAUCGUGUGUACUACUACCAACACCACCACUACAACGGUGCGAUGCUGCUGCUGCUGCUACUUCUGCCACAAACGCCAUACACACAGCCAUUUUACUUCCCGUUGAAUGUUGUUGAGCCCAUCAGGACGUUUGUACGCGUGUGUUAGUGUUAUUUGUAAAAGGAAAGGAAAGGAAACAGAAUAAAGGUGGAAUCUAUCGUAACCGUUGUGUCUGUGUGUGUUUGUGUGCGUGCGGUUAAACAAUCGGCAAACCAAUAGAAGAAGGAAGAGUUUCAUUCACCCAUCCUCAUCAUCAUCGACUGGAAAGUGAGCGGUGUAUUUUAUGUAGGUGUUUCCCUCUGAGUGUGUGUGCGUCUGUGUGAGAGUGAGCAAAUCUCACGUGAGUAAAAGAGUGAGAAGGAAAAAGCGUCUGCAUGUGUGUCGGUGUGUGUAUCGCAGGCCGUGUGCGUUGAUUGCUAUCGGUCAAAAUCGAUCCUAAUCGUCCCUCAGCAACUGUGUGCGUGUGUGUGUGUUUGUGACGCGCGUUUGUGUGUCCUGUUGUGGGCUGGUGUGUUGUGUGAAGCGAUUGUAGUAGGGCCGGAAGCCAACAACACAACCACGGAGAGUGAGCGUGUGUGUGUGUGUUUGUUGACAUGUUGUUACAGUAAGGAAAAGGAUCUGGCCAAUUCCCCUCCUUCCACAGCCCCGAUCUGAAGAGAGUAACACAACUCAUACACAUAGGCGAGGUACACACGGGAGGUGCGAUUGUUUCGGAUUGGGUGUUGUUGUUGUGUUGUGUGUCAAGCACCGAGCGGGAGGGCGGCAAGAAAGUGCCAACGGUGGGGCCACCCAGCUGAUCGUUGGUAGUGUGAGGAUACCAAAAACCUCCGUGUAUGCGUGUGUGUGUGCGCUCGCGUGCUAGUGUGAGAUUGUUUGGUGACACAGCUCGCAGUGUGUGACGGUGCACCGUUUGAACGGAGAAAGAAGAAGAAGAUCGCGACCAAUCGGAUACCACCGCAAACAACAGCAACAACUACUAAUAUAUCUUAAAGACACCAAACCGUACCACCCCCCUCCCCAUCCAUCCCACCCACGCUUAAAGGAGGCAGCACGGAGCGUACGGGUAUCACCCUUACCACCAUCACCUUCACCACCACCAUCAUUGCGCUUUGGUGAAGAUGUACGCGAAAGGCAAAGGGACGGCGGUGCCGUCAGAUGCACAAGCUAGGGAAAAAAUUGCACUUUAUGUAUAUGAAUAUUUAUUACACGUAGGAGCAUCGAAAGCAGCACAAACAUUCUUAUCGGAGAUACGAUGGGAGAAAAACAUCACACUAGGCGAACCACCGGGCUUCCUGCAUUCGUGGUGGUGUGUCUUCUGGGAUCUCUACUGUGCGGCACCGGAGCGACGGGACACCUGCGAGCAUUCAUCCGAGGCCAAAGCAUUUCAUGACUACGGUUUCGUGAGUUCAGGGUACGGAGUGAACGGAAUAGCACACAAUGCCGGCCCGGCACCGAGCCCACUGGGACAGUUACCACCAAACGAAGGCAUGCCCGGCGGCCCGAUGGCACCUUCAGGCUUCUUUCCGAACUCCUCCAUUAGGCCAUCACAACCUUCACACCCUAGUAGUCAGCAGUCCCCACAUCCACAGCCUCCAAACUCGCAUGGACAAUUGAUGAGCGGUCAGCCGUUCAUGGGUGGCCCCCGAUAUCCACCAGGACCCAGGCCGGGAGUGAGAAUGCCGCAGGGAAUUGGAAACGAUUUCAAUGGUCCCCCCGGACAACCAAUGAUGCCAAAUAGUAUGGAUCCGACGCGGCAAGGCCCUCCAGGUAUGGGUCCCAUGAAUCCUAGAAUGAAUCCACCUCGCGGCCCGGGCAUGGGCCCCAUGGGAGCGGGCACGUACGGUCCAGGAAUGCGCGGUCCCCCACCAAACAGCAGUUUAGGACCGGGCGGUAUGCCACCGAUGGGUAUGGCCGGCGGUCGGCCACAGUGGCAACCGAACACGUCAUCGCCGAUGAACUACUCGUCGUCCUCGCCCGGCAACUACGGCGGACCGCCGGGACCGAGCGGGCCCCCUGGACCGGGUACGCCCAUCAUGCCAUCACCUCAAGAUUCAUCCAACUCCGGCGGCGAAAACAUGUACACACCAAUGAAACCUGAAUUCCCUAUGGUCGGCGGCACGGACGGCAGCGGCCCGAUGGGUGGACCGAUGGGUCCGAACACGAUGGGCGGCCCGGUACUUAAUAACGAUGGUUUGGACGGCAUGAAGAACAGCCCCGCGAACGGUCCGGGCACGCCACGGGAAGACUCCGGUAGCGGUAUGGGCGAUUACAACCUCGGCGGCUUCGGUGGUCCCGGCGAGAACGACCAAACCGAAUCGGCCGCUAUACUGAAAAUAAAGGAAAGCAUGCAGGAGGAGGCAAAGCGUUUCGAGAAAGACUCGGACCAGCCCGACUACUAUAUGCAAUAACAUCCUCCUUCUCCUACCGCUACUACAGCCGCUACUAGUACUUCUUCUAUUACUUCUGUUAUCGAAUCUAGUAGUACUGAUAUCGUAAAGGCAAUCUAUACUAGUACUACUUUUACCAUUACCAGCACUAUCACUAUCGACAGCAUUGGCAGCCUUGCCAUCAUGAUCAUUAUGAUCGUCGUCGCUACCACGAUCGCCACUACCACUGGGCACUACUACUACUACUACUACUAUCACCAGCAGCAGCAGCAGCAGCAUCAUCAACAACAACAACACAGACGCACGAUGAUCAUCAGUGGCAAACCAAUGUGUGCAAUGGCAAACCAUGCUUCUGUAACAGCUGGUACCCUCCCCCAAGUGGAUUUUAUUAAUCACUCACCAGCAGCAGCAGCAGCACAACGACAACGAUCGGUUCACGAGUCUCGUCGCUGUAGGUGAAUACGUAAAUUUGUUCAUGCAAAACGAGUACCAAACGAGUAUCAUCACGCUGUCUGUGAAUGUACCCCGUUGAUGCGUCUGUAUCUCACCACCAUUGGAAGGAUUAGACGAAGAAGAAGAAGAAAAAAGCCUGCAAAUAAGACUUGCUCUGCACAGUGUGUGCGUGCGUUUGGAGUUGGCGAGGAUUGAUAAUAAUAUGGCUGGGUUCUGGGUUCUCUAUGGGUGUGAGUGGGUUGUGUGGCUGCUAGACAUAGACACACAUACACACAUUUUUACCAAAAAGAAGCAAAACUAUAAAAAUAUUACACAAAAAAAAAGAGAAAGAGACAAAACAGAGCGAAAGCGAGAGAGAGAGAAACGAGGGAGAAAGGUCAAACUGGUUGAGCAUAAUGAUAGCAGAAACAGAAAGGAAAAGAAAGGCAGAGAAAAAGAGAGUUGAAAGUUGAAUAUAUAAAACGCGAUGUAUUCUAAUGAUAAAACCGGUAAAAAAAGAAACCAAUUCACUCUUAAGUUUUCUUAGAUUGUUACACAAAGACAGAGAAGGGAGCAACAGCACGAAGCUGAUAGAGAAAGCGAGGGACACUCCUACACCCCCAAUCAAGAAGGAAGAAGGAGAAUAGAGGACCCAUAAAAAGAUCAAGUAAUCGUUCAUUGCCGUCGGGUCAUCUCGUGAGUCCGGGCGGAAUGUGCAGGGAUUGACGUUUGCUACAAGCAUCUCGACAAUUUGGAACAGGAAAGCGUACCACAACGAAUCGAAUUCGUGUGCGUGACAGAAGGAAACUUACCAUGCUUUGACCGCCCAUUACUCGAAACUUUUUCUUUCGUGCUACCAAUCCAUCUCCGAUCGAUUGCGCGUGGCAAAAGUUGCUCUUUUAAGCGACAAAAUGCAAAUUGUAUGCCAAGAAAGGCUUAAAAAGGUGGUCCUCUUACACGUUGAGCGGGAAGCAUGUGUUUGGAAGAGUGUGAGGUGGUGUGUGUGUGUUGCGGACACAAACACAGAAUAGGAAUUUAAACCUCAAAACUAUGCAAGAACCAUCCCAUAUAGAAGAAAAAAAAAACAUACCUACACUGGAUAGUGUGUAUGUGUAUGUAUCUCCUCUUGAUAAUAGAAACAAAAAAAACUUUUGAUGGGAAACAACUUUAGACGUGGCGACGCGUACAAGAAGUAUUGUGCAAAAAGUGUGCAAGUUGCAAAGCAAAAUGUGAAGGAGUGGUGGAAUAUAGAGUGUUUUAUUUCUUAUUAUUUAGCCCCGGGUAUCAACGUCAACUUACGCUAGAGAGAGAGAGAGAGAGAGGGAGAGAUAAAGAGGGGGGGAAGAGAAGCGAGAGAAAGAUGUAGGGAGAAGGAAUGUAGUUAGUUUUUAAGUCCAGAUUGAUUGAUUGAGUGAGGUCAGCGUUUCAAGAUUAUUCGAAUCGAACAUAUAAAUUAUGAUGCAGCAGCAGCAGCAGCAGCAUACAAAAGAGAGGUGAAUGUCCAUAUGAGAAAAGGAAAGGUAAAUGGGACAUGAAAGGAAUGUGUAAAAACUCGUUAAAUGAAGAAACAAAACAUAAACUACACAUAUACACAUUUGUCGUUAGUGAAAAAAAGCAAAAAAGGGGAAAAGUACAUAAGUAAAAGAAAACGACAUUGAAUCUAAUAACAAAUCAUCCCCCGAUGUAUAAAAAAUCACGCACGGGAAAGGAAGGAGACACACGGCAAAGUAGAAACGGGGAGGGAAAGUAAAGCAAACCCCCAGACAAAACAAAACCAAUGGGAAAAAGGGAUACAACACAAGUAGAUUAAUUUAUUUCGUUUCUAGGCACAAUGAUGCUAGAAUCAAUUACACACACACACAUACCCUGUUGAAAAAAACACCCACACACACAUACACACGAAGGAUGAAGGCGGUCCACGGCGGACAUUAGGUUGAGGGGCAGUUAGGGAGGAAGAGGAAGUAACAUAAAUCAUUCAACUUUUAUGUGUGUUACCGUCGUCGUCAUAUUGCAGUGUGACCAGCACCACGCGGGACUAUUCAAAUGGUGAUGAGGAAGGGAAGGAGUAGUAGGAAGUAGUAGUAUAAAACACACACAAACAAGAAUGCAACUUGGGAGAUAUCAACGAGCAGAGAGCAGCGAACCCUCUCCGUCUCAUAACACGUACACACACAAGUAAGAGUCCUCAGCCCUCCCCCCCCCCCCCCCUCCCUCCCCAACAUGGCGCAUCCGCGUGCAUGAUAAGAAAGAUUAUGAAUUAUGUUGGCAAUCGAUGGAACGGGAGAGAUACGUUAUGUAUUUGAGGGUGUAUGUGCGCGCGUGUGUGUGUGUGUGUGUAACCCAAUAGCAUAAUACCGCGCACGUGGCAAUUGUGAAUGGGUGGGGAAAUUUCCUCCCACCAACCACCAUCACCACCACAACCAUCCCCAUUGUGGUAAACUCUGGUAAAUGAGAAAAAUGGAAAAUGGAUGAAUAAAGAAAUAGAGAAAGAGAGAGAGAGAGAAAAAAACGGCAACCAGCAAACAGAAAUAAGAAGAAAAAAAUGUAAGAAAUAAACAUUUUAUUUUGAAUCCUAUAAUGUA